AUGUCUUACUCUUCCAGCUCGUCUUUGGCCUUUGGCCUCAACUUAUUACGUAUCGUCAAGAGUGUCAUCACUCGUACACAAGUAAGUCUCGAUAACAAGCUUGAUCCAUGUAUCCUGACUGUCGCGAUGAAGUCGAUUGCGGUCAAUAAGACUUCCUUUGUGACUGUUACUAGAUAUGAAGUCAGAAGCUUGAGGUGUGAACCCCUGACUUUACCUUUUGUACUUGAACCUCGGCUUUCGGUCACAGAGCAGAGAUCAGCGGACUGUGAAACCCUAGUCCAUUCAGUAUCUUUCGAAGACGAACUCACCGUCACAUCCUUGAAAAUUGAAGGAGAACCUUCCGAAACUCUCAAUUCUCUAACGGAUGAUUCUCUUUUGCAAUCGACUUCUUCACAUACCAUCCUCCUCAAAGCCACACCUGAACCGGUUGAAGCUCAGCCCAAACAAGCACCUACAACCUUCAGCUCAAUUUCUGCCCCGUCACCAUUCCUGGCUUUCUUAGAGGCUUCACACCUUGAAGCAUCAAACAGGUUACUAGCAGAAAAAUCAAGAUCGGCAACUUUAGACUUGGGAUGCGCUCAAUUCAACUCUGCUUACUACCGAAGACAUCUUCCUCCAACCCUGCCUGAAUUGUCUACCAGCAAGAAAUCAAAGAAGCCUUUUUGCUGGAGAACCACAUUAGAUGAGAUCAUGAAGGAGUCAGGCGAAGAAUGUGAUGAAAGCUUGGAUGAGCUCGUUGGAGAAAGUGGUACCGAAUCCAAUCAAGACAUUGCCGAAUCUUCCACCUCAUCUUCUUCUCAUUCGCGCUCUUCGAGUGUUUCUUCGUACACUACUUGUAUUGGAUCGCCAGUUCUUUCCUCCAUCUCAUCAUUUGGGAACCUUCAACAAAAUGACACUCCAAAGCCAUUAACUAUUCAAGAGCCCGUGUUCAACAAUCCUGAUGUUACUCCAAUCCGCCCAUCACCCUCGUCUUUCUCAUCUUGUAAACAAACUUCAUUCCUGGAUUUCAUACAAUCAUCAAACCAAGAGAUGAUCAACCAAAUGCAAAAAGAAAAAUCCCAAACCUCAACUCUGGAUGUGGGAUGUUCACAAUUUAAUUCAGCUCAUUACAGAAGACAUCUUCCUCCAAGUCUUCCGCCAUUGAAAUCCAACAAAACAUUUUGCUGGAAAACCAAAUUGGAUCAAAUAAUGAGAGAAGAAGGGGUUGAGGAUAUAUCAAUCGAGAUAGUUGAUCAGAUGACCUCCAAACCUACAGCAAUCUUUCUUCCUUCUAUCAACACAUCCUCUUCUCAUGUCCGCUCUUCAAGCUUUUCUUCUGAUAUCACAGUGGUGGACACACCUACUUUGAUCCAUGACCCUUGA